AUGCAAGGACUUCGCACUCAGGCGAAAUCUUUGCGUUAUUUUCACUUUCAAGGAAUGGUAAAAGAUUGGAGCGUAUUUUCAGAAUUAGUGCAUUUAACCAAUAUUCAAGAAUUGAGUUUCGUUAAAGCCAACUUUCGAUGUAGCGAGAUUGAGAUGUUAGCAUCAUCAAGUUUCCCAAGUUUGACGAAACUUGUUUUCGAUACUACUAGUUUUCGUUUUCCAAUUAUCAUACCUGAAAUUAUCAUACAAAGUUCAGGGAGAAAACUUAGGACAUUUUCGUUACCAGCAUAUUUUUAUCCAUCAUAUGAUGGAUUUACUCCAACAGUUGCGCUGUCUGUUGCUAAAUAUUGUCCAAAUCUAGUGCAUUUCGAAUAUCAUACCACUAAAAGAGAAUUUUCACAGUUGGUAAUACUUUUCGCUUCAUGUCAAAAUCUUGAAAAAGUUAUGCUUGCUGGUAAUCCAGAAGAUGCAAAUGAAUUAUUUAUAAAACUAGCUAAUUUGGAACUACCAAAUUUACGAGAGUUUGAAAUCACCGCACAAUGGUCUUACACUGCAAUAUCAUUGGAAUCAUUUCUCAUCAGAUCGAAAGCACCGCUCCGAUGUUUUGUAAUCAGGUCUUCUCCAUGCUUCUCUGAUGAUCACUUGGAUGUCGUUUUACGAUGUUUAGGCGACAAAUUACAUCGACUAUAUGUAGAAUCAGCACAAGAAAUGACUAAAUUGAUGUUAUCAAAAGCUAAUGAAAGUAUUAGCGAUUUUGUAUACAAGAUGAUAGAUGAAGUUUACAAUCCCGGGUGGCUGUUAGAAGGAUAA